UCCGGCCUCCUGAACGUCCUGGCCGGAGCGCUGUUCGGACCGUGGACGGCGCUCGCCUUGUGCUCCGCCCUCACCUCCCUGGGAGCGACCUCUUGCUACCUGCUCUCCCGCGCUUUUGGGAAGAAGUUCGUGGUCCACUACUUCCCUGAUCAAGUGGCUAGGCUGCAAAGAAAGGUAGAAGAGAACAGGAGCUGCUUAUUUUUCUUCUUGUUGUUCCUGAGACUGUUCCCCAUGACACCAAACUGGUUCCUGAAUCUCUCAGCCCCCAUUUUAAACAUCCCUGUGUCUCAGUUCUUCUUCUCCGUUCUCAUCGGUCUUGCACCAUAUAAUUUCAUCUGUGUGCAGACAGGUGCCAUUCUCUCACAAAUCAACUCUCUGGAUGCCAUUUUCUCCUGGGACACACUGCUCAAACUGCUUGCUAUGGCUAUGGCAGCGUUGAUACCAGGGACCCUCAUCAAGAAAUACAGCAAGACGCGCUUGAAAGUGGAGGAAGACAAGCAUGCUCAGUUGCUCAAUGACAAAAAGAGCAUGUGAUGGCUCCGGUGUGCCAGCUCUCAGGGGACUGCCUCACAGAAGCUGCUGGUCUCUGUUCCUGUGAGCUUUGUUCUGCAUGCUCUGUGCCACUUUGGACCAAGGACAAUUGCAGUGUUUACACUCCUCAUCUAAGAAGAGGUGUAAGGGUUUUGUUUUUAAAUUGUAACUGUGCAUGUAUCUGCACUGAGAGCGCUAUACAGAGGUUUUAUGCACACUUCAGUUAAAUCGCCUGUGUCCUUUAA